GCCGUGUGUCCCCCCGUGUUGUGUCUGAGCUGAAGAAGACUGCAGAGGUUUAUAAUAGAACAUAACUUUGGCUGUGUAAAAACUCAGAGGCAGUAUGGCCACUCCAGGAAAGCAGAGCAAAAAGGACAACAAAAGGCCAAUUCAAGCGAAGACCUCCUUCACCUCACCCUUCACCCCGCAGUGGACCUCACUUCCUCAAGAAGACAUGCACUUCAUCCUGAAAACCUUAAAGGAGAAACUGGUCUCCACAGGUCUUGAGAAGAAAGAGGUGAAAGUGUUUCGCCCAUGGAAGAAAAAGAAAGACCAAACACCCUCAGCCACGUCAGAGCCAGUUCCUGAGGUGAGCCAGGAUCCACAGGUACACGAUUCUUCUCCGAAACCCGGCUGGACAGAUGUGGCGGCCAGAAGACAACUGGCCAUUGGCAUCAACGAGGUCACCAAAGCUCUGGAGAGGAAUGAACUCAAACUGGUGCUUGUGUGCAAGUCCGUGAAGCCGAACCACAUGACGAGCCACCUGAUCCCGCUGAGUGCAACGAGAGGCGUGCCGGCCUGCCAGGUUCCCCGGCUGAGCCAGAGCGUGUCAGAGCCGCUGGGGCUGAAAAGCGUGCUGGCCCUGGGGUUCAGGCAGUGCACCUCCAAAGACGACGAGCUCUUCACCGACACUGUAGAUGCCAUUACACCCAGAGUGCCUUCACUGGGUGUUUCAUGGCUACAAGGUGCGGCAGCCGGCAUGACGCCCGAGCAUCCUGAUGACUUGCAGGAGGAAGAUGAAGAGAAGAGGGGCAUGAAAAGGAAACUGGAGAGUGAAUCUGAGGUCACAGAGUCCGCCUCGUCCUGCACUCUGCAAACUCUCAAAGUGAAAAAAAUUGUAGCUAACCCUACAAAGGAAAGAAAAAGUAAGCUUAAGUCAUAGCUUAAGUCAAAGGAAGUAGACUCUGCCUAGAUAUUUAAAGGAACAUUCCUGUGUGUUUUGCCUGUUCCUAUUUUGCCUUUGUCUCCCAUUAAAAUUAGUGAUUUUUUUCCUCCUCAGAUUGUUUUUUUAAGGGAUUUUUAGAGGCUUGAAGAGGUAAAAAUGUUAUAUAUUUAACAAGAAAAAAAGCCUGGUGCUGUAACAAUUCAUUGACUGACAGAAAGUUAAGUAGCAACUAUUUAGAUGAUCUAUAAUUGGUUGUUUUGAGUCUUUUUUUCAUCCCCAAAUUCAGCUUCUCAAAUAUGAGUAGUUUCCGACAGACAUUAUAGGAUAUGUCUUGAGCUUUGGGUAUUUUAUAGACCCAACAAUUAAUCAAGACAAUAAGCAAUAGAUUAAUCAAUAAUGAGUUCUAGUCCAGUCCUCCAGGUUGGGAAAUAUUCAUACAUUUACAGACUCAACACUUGUUUGGAUGUUAAUCAGUUUCAGUGAACACAAUAAA